UUAAUUGUUUGGUGCCCGCCCGCUCUGGGUUUUCGUGCUUUGGCAACGAUGGUGGACCAAAAAGAGAACGUCCCACAGUCGCCACCGACCGAAAGAGAAGAAAAAACGGCCGGCCGCACUUCGAGCCUACCAGGGAAGCAGCGCUGUAGAUUUGAUGGUCAAGAAGAUAAUAAAACAAAAUCCACAUCUAGUUCAAGUGACUUCAGUGACCCAGUAUACAAAGAAAUUUCUUUGACAAAUGGCUUUAUCAAUCGGAUGAGUAGAGAUGAACUUAGAGCUAAACUCGUUGAAUUUAAGCUGGACACUAGGGGAGUGAAAGAUGUCUUGAAGAAGAGGCUGAAAAACUACUAUAAGAGAGAGAAGUUGAUGCACAAACAGCCCACUGAUGGAGAGAAUUACUAUGAUUACAUCUGCAUUAUUGACUUUGAAGCAACCUGUGAGGAAGGCAACCAGGCUGAAUUUACACACGAGAUCAUAGAAUUUCCUAUUGUCUUAUUAAAUACUCGGACUCUAGAAACAGAGGACACAUUUCAACGAUACGUGAAACCAGAGAUUAAUCCUCAGCUUUCAGAUUUCUGCAUUAAUUUGACAGGAAUCUCUCAGGACCUUGUAGACAAAGCAGAUGAAUUUCCAGUGGUCCUCCAACAAGCUGUUGAUUGGAUGAAACAGAAGGAACUGGGAAGCACAUACAGUUAUUCCAUAUUAACCGAUGGGUCUUGGGAUAUGAGCAAAUUUUUGAAUAUCCAGUGUCGUGUCAGCCGUCUUAGAUAUCCUUCUUUUGCGAAGAAGUGGAUCAAUAUCCGCAAAUCCUAUGGGAAUUUUUACAAGGUUCCCAGAUGUCAGACCAAACUGGCAACCAUGCUUGAAAAGUUGGGGAUGGACUUUUCUGGUGUGACCUCACAGUGGACUCGAUUAGUUCAAAGAAGAAUACUCCCUUUGGAUAGCUCUUGGGAUUGUUCGCGAUGGAUGUGAGAGUAGCGGGUAGAUGAGAGGCUGCAAGGGGGGCUCCUGCUGACAGUCUCAGCCUCUGUCCCACUAGAGGGAGCUCCUGUCCCACAGAUGCCCAAGCCCAGAUAAAGCCAAGACCAAGUGGAACUUCAGAAGGCCAUUGCAGUGAACGCCAGGGCUUGUUUCCCACCCUUGCGACUCACUGUCAGCUGUGAUUUAUUGCAGCACUGCUCAUGUAAUUAAUAAGGUUUGUGAAUUUUAUGUCCUCGUUUGAUGAUAGGUAGCAGGUUUGGUUUAUAAACUCUUGGGGUAUUGUGUAAGAUGGCUUGCUAUGAAAUAAAGCAACAACCUCGGUCAACAGGUGAAGUUACUCAGUGAAGUAAAUAAAACUUUUUCCUUCACCUAAUCAGUAGCAAAUGGGUGGCUAUAUCAGUAUUGAUAUAGUUGCAUGGUAUGAGGCAUUUUAACUACUUGUCCCUCCCCCCAAAAAAUUGCUUCGUGCAGUAAUCACAAGAUGUCUUUUUCCACCAGUGUUUUUGGAGUUCAUCCAACUGGGGGUGAGGUACUUAGAAUUCCUUUAUGAUCUCCAAAUUCAUUCCUGUGACCAAAGACAAACUUACUACUUCCACGUAUAUAAAUAAUGUGCCAAACUGUCAGGAAAGUCUCAACACAGGUCCUUUUAAAUGGGACAAGUCUCAAAAUCAAUAUAAGAUUUGCCUUAAAGAAUACAACUCCAAUUUGUAUUAGCAUGUAAAAUAGGAAAUGUUUUUGAUAUCUGUAUUAAUGUAGAACUUGUGUAAUUCGCAGAGUGAUGGGGGAAUGGAAACUUCUGCCUUUCGACCUGGUUUGUUUGUUUUAUCGCAUGCUUAUCCUGGCCUUCCUGCAAGUAGAUUUUGACAGCUUUCUUUCCUGUUUUCUCUUAACAAUAGCUUUGUGAGGCUGAGACACAGGCCUUUUCCGCACACAACUUGUAAAAUAUUGCUGGGCAGGAAAUUAAACUUUUCUUCCGUGGA